ACACUUCUCUUCCAAUGGGAACGCCGCUUAAACUUUAAAACAAACUAUUUUCGAAACUGGAACACCGAAGUGAACACUUGACUCUUAAAUUUGCGAAUUUGUGGUGUGAAUGAACUUUUUUGUGAUAAGUUUAAAUUUGGAAUUUUUGUGAAAAAAAGCAAUGGGCUCCUUGCCUCGCGUGUCGGUGGUGAAGGGUGCGCGUGCGCACGUCCCUGCGGCGCCGCUGCCGCAACACCUCGCAAGAUUGGCGCAAUGCGAUCGCCCGGCUUUGUGCUACUCAGACGAGACGUGCUCUGUGAGCAUCAGCCAUGCGGAGCUGUCAACCCGCACGAACGCUUUAGCCCGCGCCAUCGCAGCCCGCGCCAGGUCAGUCGGCGCUAACAGAGACGGGGACUUCGUUGUUGCUGUUUGUAUGCAGCCUACGCACAACACAAUAAUGACCUUGCUAGCAACGUGGAAAGCCGGAGCAGCAUACGUUCCAAUGGAACCAAGCUUCCCUCAGGCCAGGAUCUCCCAUAUCCUAAAGGAUGCCGAACCGGCACUUGUUAUUUAUGAUGAUGCUGCAAAUCCAUCAAUGUUCACGAGCAGUGGCAUUCCAGCCGUAUCCUUCGAAGAACUGGCUUUGGAAUCUUGCAGUUUGCCAACUGACGAGCCAAGAGAGCAUGAGCAGGUGGCGGGGCCCAGAACUGAAAGUAUCGCCAUAGUGUUAUAUACUUCUGGAAGCACUGGGAUCCCUAAAGGAGUCCGCCUGUCGUACUCAGCAAUUUGCAAUCGACUCUGGUGGCAAUUCCGUACCUUCCCCUACACUGACACUGAAGUCACCUGUGUGUGGAAAACUGCACUCACGUUUGUAGACUCAGUCUGUGAAAUUUGGGGCCCUCUACUGCAUGGAAGAACUUUGCUCAUCCUGUCCAAGGAAACAACUAGAGACCCGCAGAAGUUGGUUACGGUGCUUGCUCAGAAUCAGGUGCAACGUCUUGUUCUUGUGCCAACUCUUCUGCGUUCAAUUCUUAUGUACCUUUCUUUGAAGCCGUCUGAAAGACCCCUUCAAAACUUGAAACUUUGGAUUUGUUCUGGAGAAACCCUUAACAAAGAUUUGGCUGGGCAAUUUUUUAAAUACUUUGGAAACCACAACAGGUACAAAUUGGCAAAUUUCUAUGGAAGCACGGAAGUCAUGGGCGAUGUAACGUACUAUGUCUUGGAAAAGUCUGAACAGUUGGAUUUGCAUCCUACUAUUCCUAUCGGUGGCCCAUUGGACAACUGUGCCAUCUAUCUUCUGGAUGAAGAGAUGAAUCCAGCUCGCGAAUCCGACCCUGGCGAGGUGUGGGUGGCUGGCAGCAACCUCGCUGCAGGGUAUGUCGGUGGACAGGCCCCGGAAAAGUUCUGUGACAAUCCUCACGCAUCUCAUCCAGAAUUCAGCCGCCUCUAUCGAACGGGAGACUUUGCGGUCCUGAGCAAAGGUGUCAUUUUGUACGCUGGACGAACUGACUCUCAGGUCAAGAUUAGAGGUCAUAGAGUGGACCUGUUGGAGGUCGAAAGAGCUGUGGCUGCUGUGCAAGGUGUUGAAAAAGCUGUGGUACUGUGCUACGGUCUAGAUCAUGGAAACCCUGAGAUCCUGGCCUUCGUAACUGUGCAACCAGACGCGAGAAUUGCUGCCAACCACAUCGAGGCCACUCUGAAGAACGCGCUCACGUAUUACAUGAUUCCUCAGGUAAUUGUCAUUGACACUGUUCCUCUGCUAGUGAAUGGAAAAGUGGACCGACAAGCGUUGCUAAAGAUGUAUGAAAACACCAACAACAAUGACGACACAGCAAUCGCUUUGGAAAUCGACUACACAGGUGUAAAACCAGAAGAUAUGAAAGCAGCUCAAGUACUAUUCGAAACUGUCGGGGAGGUAUUAGGGAGGGCAGCCAGGGGUGCUCUCUCAGUUCGUGCUGGUUUCUACGAGUUGGGAGGAAAUUCUCUUAAUUCCAUCUACACUAUCACUAGGCUGAGGGACCAAGGGUAUUAUAUUGAAAUAAGCGACUUCCUGGGAGCAGCCAACUUGGGUGAAGUCCUAUCACAUAUGUCUACGAAUCCCGACUGCAUGGGGAACAAGGACAACAAGUUCGUGUCUGAACCUAUGAGGGAUGAGGAUAAACAAGAUGUUAUCAAUAUGAUAGUGUCUUCAUUCUAUGAGAAGGCAGAACUUGAGCAAUUCUUGAAACACGAGAUCGAAACACGUGACUACGCGGACUGCAUUGAAGCGUGCUGGAAUGCUCUGCUACAGGCCCGACUCAGUGUUGUGCUCAAAAGCGCAAAUGGUAGUCCAGUAGCAGUGGCUCUCAACUUUGAUGCUCGCGACGAGCCCGAGAUUGAGUUAUCCGGAGGCCUCGCCAAGAUCAUGGGUUUCUUAGAGUACGUGGAAGGAUCUGUAAGAGACACUAUGUUGCCUGAAGGCAAAGGCACUAUCCUUCACUCGUUUAUGAUGGCGACAGACUCCAACCUCUCCUCCCGAGAUAACGUAGCGGCGAUCAGAGCAUUAGAACAUGCUACGAUGAGAAUUGCUCGCGAAAGACGUUUUUUGGGUGUCUUUACUACUAACACCAGUCCUCUUACUCAGCAACUGGGCACGGAUGUGCUGGGCUUCCAGACACUCCUCGAUUAUCAGAUCAACGAGUAUGUGGACGCCAAUGGUGAGCGGCCAUUCGGCAAAGCCCCUGACGAUAUGAGAGCCAUUGUUUGCUGGAAACCUGUUGAUUAAAUUAGCAAUAGAAGCCGCAAAAUUUUUGCAAGAUGAUAAUAUUGUGA